AGCCGUGAGCAGCACGGCAGAGUGGCGCCAGGGACGAAGCUGAUGACGUCAUACCGGGGAUGCUGAGGGAGCCAGAAUGAAGUUCCCGUUCAGGUGUCCAGGACAGCGCAGCCAGCUCGCCCAACCAUGGAGUGCUGCUGUGCUGUGGCUGCUCCUUUACUUCGGUUGCAGCGUCGGUCGGGCGGACGAACAGGAGUACCGGCUGACGCGCUACCUGAUGUCCAACUAUGACCCGGCGGUGCGGCCUUCCUUCAACUCGUCACUGUCACUGCGCGUGGACCUGGACCUGUCUCUACUGCAGCUUCUCGACGUGGACGAGAAAAGCCAGACAAUCUCGACGAACUGCAGGCUGACGCAGCGGUGGACGGAUGCUCACCUCAAGUGGAAUGCAUCAGACUUCGGUGGCAUUGGCGUGCUGCGCAUUCCAUCCGGGCAAGUCUGGAAGCCGGACCUGGUCCUCUACAACAACGCACGCGGCGACUACCACGCGGGCCACCUGGGCAGCAACGUGAUCGUGCGGUGGACGGGCGAGGUGCUGUUCCCGGUGCAGGCGGUGUUGUCGAGCGCCUGCCGCCUGGACUUGCACUACUUCCCGUUCGACGUGCACCUCUGCGAGCUGCAGUUCGUCUCCUGGACGUACGACUCGCAGCAGGUGGAACUGGAGCCAGCCCAGACCACGGACGGCCUGGGCCGCUUCCUCAGGCACGGCGAGUUCGAGCUGCUCGAGAUGACCGUCGCGCAGCAGGCGCACCCGCCUCCGGACGCGUCCGCGUCGACUGCGGCUGCGUCCACCGCUGCGGGCGAAGAGGGCGACGGCGUGGCCGCGACGGCGGCCCCUCAAUACCGGGGCGUCACGUACACCCUGCGGCUUCGCCGGCGUCCCGGAUCGCAGCUCCUGCACCUGGUGCUGCCGUGCGUGGUGGUGAACGCGCUGGCCCUGCUGGGCUUCCUGGUGCCCUGCGAGUCCGGCGAGAAGGUGACGCUGGGCAUCAACACGCUGCUCUGCCUGGCCGUCUUCCUGGUCGUGGUGCGCGACAGCCUGCCGCCCGCCGCAUCGGUGCCCCUGCUCAGCGUGUACUACGGCCUCAGCACGUGCGUGGUGGCGUGCACGACGGCGCUGAGUGUGGUGACGCUCAGCCUGCACCACCGGGGAUCCCGGGGCGCCGAGGUGCCGCGCGGACUGCGCCGGCUCGUGCUGGGAUUUCUGGCCCGGCUGCUACUGCUCGGCUGCUGCGGACCUAGCGGCGACGAACGAAAGAACCACCACCAGCGUCACGACUCUUCGCGCGAGUCGAGCAAGUCGUCCCGGCUGCAGCCGCCGAGUCCGUCGCUGGACUCGGACAAGCUGGAGCUGGACCACAUCGAGCGAUACAACUUCUCCCCGCGUCUGCGUCACCGCAAGGAGUUCUGCGCCGGGCUCGGGAGUGUGCUGGGCGGCGGGGUCCCGCCGCCGCCGGUGCCAGGACCCGCGGUGGAUGGCUCCUCGGACGAGUUCGAGAAGCAGUUCCUGCGCGUGCUCGCUAAGGUGUACCAGACGAUCGAGAAGAACGAGCUUCGCGUGGCGGAACGCGAUCGACGCGACGCGGUGCGGGGAGAGUGGCAUCAAGUGGCCGUUGUCUGCGACCGUUUCCUGCUGGCCGCUUUCCUGCUCUCCAUCGCCGUGGCCGCCUUCGUAGUGCUCUUCUCCGCAGCACCGCAGCCCAACAGGCCCUGACCGCCGGUGGUUGCACUAAAACGAGUCAGCGAGAAGUCCAGUGCUGCAGUGAUGGUGCGCCGACGUGUGCGCGCCACAUUGUUCGUCUACUGUAACGGCAACUGCGUGUUAAACCGCCGUCCGCCAAUCUCGUCGCGUCGUUCUACAGUGCGACACGACGUUGAGACAGCAGUGGGACUCGGGGAACUUCUGAUAAGCCUACGGCUACCUUCCAUCGCUGCGAGAGACAUUUCCGGCCUCGUGGGAUUUGGAACCUUUUGAGAAACGAGCUUGGAGCCAGGGCUUGUUAAACGCCAAUUGAAUAUGGCUGGGGCGUGUGUCGCUAAACAUUCCGUCUCGCAGAUUCCGUGCGGUGCCGCCGAAAUUGAAAGCCCGCCAUCUGACACUGUCUAUUGCCGGGCGAUGAAAUAAUCAUCGAUUCGAACACGCCUGUAACGGCGAUCACUUCUUUCUGAGGUAUGCCUGAAAAAAUAUAAUGUUCCUUAAUGAGUGCCACAGUACUUCAAGGUUCUUGCCUGAAGGCACAGUGAUACAGAAACUGAAUGUGGGAUCUUUUUUUUCUUAUUAUACGAAAUGCGGCUACGGCUUCCGUGGUGUUGCAUGGAACUUGUGAGACAGUGUGUGAGACCGCGCACGACAGGAUCAGUUUAGCGAGGUGCCGAUAAAAUCGUGACGCUGAGUCUGCAGCUGGGCAGAAGUCGGGGAAUAAUUGUAUGUAGCAUUUCGUAUUACGUAAAACGUUGACAUAAAUGGGCCAAAUGCCUUCAUAAUUGUCAUGUAACCAUACCUAGAUUUUUACACAUCCUCUUAACAGGAAAAACUUGAUUUUACAGCUUACAUGUUACGUAUUUAAAAUUUUCAAACGAUUUGCCGUAUUCAGGCUGUCGCUCAAGCGUUAGAAUCUGCGCGAACAAAAAAAAAGAAAGAAAGAAAUUCUGGUGCGCUAAUUGGUGGCUAAACUUCACGAAGAAAGAUCGCUACUGAAAAUGGGGAAAAUUUUCAAAUUGAGAAUUGAUUAGGUGGAUAAAAUGAUAAAUUAUUUGCUCACCAUGGCCGCCGGUUGCUCUCCAGGAAGUUUAAUUACUUCAAGAAGCAGGGUUAAAACAAUAUUUCAGCAGCA